CCGCUGUGCUGGAAGGGCCAGACUGUGCUCUGACUGCGACACUGCCUGAAUACGCAAGACGAGCGCGUACGACUGCGCGGGCAGCCUCGCACGCGGCCGGCGGUACUCCCUGUGCAAGGGGCAGCGUCGACAUCGUGCUACCACUGAGUAGGUUGUGCACUGAGUAAGCACUGCCACCUGAGACGCUCCGAGCUCGCCUCUCGCUCGUGAAACAGGGCCGAAUCUACGAUGCUACUGCUCCCGAUGAUAGUCCUGGCCACCGCCGCCGCGCGGACGCCCGUCGUACUCGUGGCCGACGUCGGCGUCGACGACGCGAGCGCGCUCAUCUGGCUCGCGAAGGAUCCUACAAUCGACCUGUUGGGAGUUGCGGCGAGCUUUGGGUGCCACGGCGACGUGCGGCAGACCGCGGCGAACGCGCGGCGCGUGCUCCGCGCUGCCGGCAGGCCCUGCGUGCCGGUGUACGUCGGCAGCCCCUACGCGCUGGGCGAGGCGGCGCCACCUUCUGACGACGGCUCGUACGUGCACGGUAGCGAUGGGCUCGGCUCCGUCGCGGAAGCGCCCGAGGAAUUGCGGAUGCCUUCGUGUAAUGUCGACGAGACGCUCUCGGCCGCCGAGUUCAUUGCGCGGACGGCUCGCGAACGACCGGGCGAGGUCACCAUUAUUGUGACGUCGCCACUCACAAACCUCGCGCUCGCAUACCUCCUCGAGCCUCAUCUACCAGAACUCGUCACAAGGACGCUGGUGAUGGGCGGGGCCGUGCGCCACCCGGGCAACGUCUCGCCGCUGGCCGAGGCGAACUUCGCCCACGACGCGCGGGCCGCGCGACUCGUCGUGGACGCCUUCUCGUCCGAUGACGGAGACCGGCUCGUCAUCGCCCCACUCGAUGUGACGAUGGCCGGCGCGGUGGAUCAUGUUCACGUCGCGUCCGAGCUUGAUAAAGCGGGCGUCGCCCAGCGUUUACUGGCCAAGGCGUGGCGCACGUACAUCGGCAACUACUGUACUGUGUUGAAGGAGUGCGGUCCUAAAGCCGUCCUGCACGACGCGCACACCGUCGCGUACUUGCGCCGUCCGGAUUUGUAUGAUACCGAAUUGUUAACUCUGGAAGUGUCGGUGGGCGGCGCGGCGAACGGCCACAGUCUCCUGGAUCGACGCACGCUGUCGGCGUCGGACGAUGAGAUAGACGACCGCACGGGCGCGGUUGGGGGGCGGAAGCGGCGCUGUACGGUUCUGACUGGAGUGGACGCCGCGGGCUUCAGGGAGGCGUUUCUGAGCGCCGUCGCGCCCCCAGUCAUCAACGUGUCCCUCCCAAUCGUCAAAGAAACGACUCAUGGCCUUCGGACGUAUGCCGCUCCGCACCCGCUCAAAGCCUGACGCCGCACCCGCCCAAAGCCUGAAUUCGCCUGCUUGUAUGUAGUACUCGUAAGUAUUAAUCAUGCCA